UUGCCAUUGGCAUCCCACAAGCUGAAUCUUUCUUAUUGGCUGGCUGCUGUGACUAGAAUGGCAUUUCCAGCAAUUUUCUCAAAAACCAAGAACAUUUAGCAAACCAGAAUACAAGAGUAAGGUAUCAAAGCUUCUUCCUUAAGUGCCAUCAUCACGGCCUCAUAGCCUGUCAUUUGCAACCAAGUCCUUGCUUAGAGAGGAAACAAUGAUCUCGUCACGACCUGAUGCUUCUAUGUCACGCCGGGUGCUGGCAAAGAAGCUUGGCUGCGCCAAGAAGGCGUGGAAGAGCUUCACCAACAAGCUACAAUCAAAACUCCACAAGCUCAACAUCCCCAAAGCUGUCGAAACAACCACCAGACACCUCCGUGCCUUGCGGAGCAAGUUCCAUUUCCUCAUCCCAUCCAAACUCCGAGCUCUCACCAAAGCUUCCUCUACCUUUCCUAGAGACCAGUUUUACAACCAUCACUAUGAGGCCUUUGAAUCCCACAUGGGCUAUGCACUAGGUAGAUCUAGCUACCAGUACCACAACAAGGUUGUUCAUAAUAAGAAUUCUGCAGCCAUACACAUAGAUGAGCUCUUUGCAGAGCCUGCCACCGUCUAUGAGGACACAAAGAAGAACCAGCAUUCAGGUGAGCAGGCAGAAACAAGCAAAGGAAAACAAGUGGUCGAGGAUAACGGUGAUGGGAAGGCUGUAGCAAGAGAUAAAAAGAGUUUGUAUAGCGUUGAAGAUGCAUGGCAGGCAGUGGUUGCUAAGUCACCGCGGCUGCGAGUGGUGGAUGAGAGGGCAGAGGAGUUCAUUACCAAGUUUAGGCAAGACAUGAAACUUCAGAAGGAGAAGUCCCUUCUUGAGUUCCAAGAGAUGUUGGCUCGGAGUACCUAAAUUGAUUAUAUAUUGAUUAUGAUUUAUUAUUAGAUUUGUUAGUUUCAUUUUUUUUCCAAUACAAAAGUUGGAAGUGAUACAAGAAGCUUUCAGGUUUGUGAGUUUUUGGCUGUGGCUUUCAGGUGAAGUGAUUGGCGCAGUGAUUCCUGCUGCAGAUAGUGUGAAGAUGUGUAGAAAACUUUUGGUUCUUUUCCUUUUAAUCUGUCUUUCUUUUUAUUUUUUUGGUUUUACACAUACAUGGAUUGCUCGUGUUGAUUGGUGUGUUGAUCGAAAACAUGAAUAAAAGAUUUUCGUUUGAGUAUUUUAAA